AUGCGUGGCAGUGAAUCCCAAGUAGUACCCCCACAUGUUCUCACUCGCUCUCCCUGCUCCCAUUCUCCCUCAUCCAUGAGGCCUGGCAGUGAGCUCCAUUCCCCCCUGCAUGUUCUCACCCUACAUGUUGCCCCCACCGCCUCUUCCCCCUCACCAGGCUUGGCAAGUGUGCCAUUGUAUGCCAUCCCUUCCUCCAUCCAUGUUCUUGCUUGCUCUGCCACGUGGCGGCAGGUGAUUCGCUCGUACCACGGGCAUCUGAGUGGAAUGUACUGCCUCUCACUGCACCCCAUGCUGGACGUGCUUCUCACCGGGGGCAGAGACUCCGUAUGCCGGGUCAGCAAGGCCAUGUCAACCCUCACCUACCACAAGAAGCUGGUCCGAGCCCUUGCCAAGCUCUCCUUUGAGUGGGCCCUCCCUCUCCCCACCUCACUAUGUAUGUCAAUGUCCAUCGUGCGCUACGGCCCUCCGUAUGCCCACCCUGCAACUUGUUCUGCCAUGUGUGUCUGGUCCUACCGCAUUCAUUAUUCAACUCCUCACAUAAUUCCCUCUACUUGUUACCAUGCUCCUGCACCCGUUGAUUCUCCUGCACCUACUUCUACCCUCCCAUCCCCUCCUCUCCCUUCCUUUUCCCUCCUUCCCUCCCCUCCCUCCCCUCCCCUCCUCUCCCCUCCCUCCUCCCCUCCCCUCCCCCUCCCCUCCCCUCCCCUCCCCUCCCCUCCCCUCCCCUCCCCUCCCCUCCCCUCCCCUCCCCUCCCCCCCCUUCCCUCCCCUCCCCUCUCCUCCCCUCCCCUCCCCUCCCCUCCCCUCCCCUCCCCUCCCCUCCCCUCCCCUCCCCUCCCCUCCCCUCCCCUCCCCUCCCCUCCCCUCCCCUCCCUCCCCCUCCCCUCCCCUCCCCUCCCCUCCCCUCCCCUCCCCUCCCCUCCCCUCCCCUCCCCUCCCCUCCCCUCCCCUCCCUCCCCCUCCCCUCCCAUCGCUCGCACCCACCCAACCAUGGCUGCAUGCACUAUGCAUGCCCAACCGCCCAUCAUUGGUUGUCAGGAAGACGUUUGUGUCGGCACCACAUGCCGACACAUCAAAAUUUUCAAACUGCCCAAGGGGGAGUUCCUGCACAACAUGCCCUCCCUCCCUCUCCCUCCUUUUGAUUUUUGUUUUUGUCCCACAGCAGCGCUCCAUCAUCAACACCGCAGAUGUGAACGAGGACAACGUGCUCGCCUCAGAAGGCCCUCUGCCCCUCUCCCCUGCCCCUCUCCCCUGCCCUUCUCUCCUCUGCUCCUCUCUCCCCUGCCCCUCUCCCCUGCCCUUCUCUCCUCUGCUCCUCUCUCCCCUGCCCCUCUCUCCCCUGCCCUUCUCUCCUCUGCUCCUCUCUCCCCUGCCCCUCUCUCUCCCGCCCCUCUCUCCUCUGCUCCUCUCUCCUCUACUCCUCUCCCCUCUGCCCCUCUUCCCUGCUCAUCUCCACUGCCCCUCUCCCCUGCCCCCCUCCCCUGCCUCUCUUCCUUGCCCCUCUCCCUACUCCUCUCCCCUUGCCCUCUCCUCUACCCCUCGCUCCCCUACCCCUCCCUCCUCUGCUCUUAUCUCCCCUGCUCCUCUCCUGCUUCUUUUUCCUCUGCUCCUCUCUCCCCUGCUCCUCUCUCCUCUGCUCCUCUCUCCUCUGCUCCUCUCUCCUCUGAUCCUCUCCCCUCUGCUCUUCUCUCCUCUGCUCCUCUCUCCUCUGCUCCUCUCUCCCCUGCUCCUGUCUCCCCUGCUCCUCUCUCUUCUGCUUCUUUCUCUCCUCUGAUCCUUUCUCCCCUGCUCCUCUCUCCUCUGCUCCUCUCUCCUCUGCUCCUCUCUCCUCUGCUCCUCUCUCCUCUGCUCCUCUCUCCCCUGCUCCUCUCUCCUCUGCUCCUCUCUCCUCUGCCCCUCUUCUCUUCUGCUCCUCUUCUCCUCUCUCCUCUGCUCCCCUGUUCUUCUCCCCUGCUCCUCUGCCCCUCUCUCCUUCACUGUGACAACGGGUCCAUCUGGUUCUGGGACUGGAAGGGCGUCCACAACUUCCAGCCGACUCAAACCAUCGUGCAGCCCGGUGCGUCUCUCUACCCUCAGUCCUCCCUGCCAUGUGUAUUCUUGCCCUUUUCUGUCGAUGUUGCUCUCACAGCUCUGCAGUCUCUGUCUCAAAUGGCUGCAUCUAUCCCGACCCUCGUCCCCUCCGCGUCGCUUGACAGUGAGGCGGGCAUCUAUUCGAUGGGCUUUGACGUGACAGGCAAGCGCCUGGUGACGUGUGAAGCGGACAAAACCAUCAAUAUUUGGAAGGAGGACGAAAACGCCACGCCCGAGAGACACCCCAUCAAUUUCCGGCCACCCAAAGACAUGCGGCGCUUUUGA